AUGUCUUCUCCCGACCUUACUCGUCUCCACACCCAUGACUUAGAGCUUGGUGUCACCGAUGCGAUCCAGAAACAUGUCUCGCGUCACGUUGUCCCUCCGAAGCCCGUGUCGCAGCGUCGUCUCGAGUUUGAGCGCGCGCGCCCUCGAUGGGUGCGCGAGUGCUUGGCCGAGGCCACGGGCGUCUUCUUCUAUGUGUUCCCCGGCAUCGCCGCCGUGGCCGGCUUCACCCUGAAUCUUUCGAACCCGGUCGGAGUGGCGGCCUUCGGCAGCCUCUUCCAGAUUGGUUGGGCAUUUGGCUUCGGCAUUGCGUUCGCCAUUAUUUGCUGCGCGCCCACGUCUGGUGGACACUUCAAUCCGUGCAUCACCAUCGCUUUCUGGUUCUGGCAGGGCUUUCCUCUGAAAAAGGUACCGCAAUAUAUCAUCAGUCAAAUAUUCGGCGCCUUCAUAGCGGGAUUGCUGGUUAUGGGCAUGUACUGGCCGGAAAUUCAGGAAAUGAAAGCAGAGCUCAUCGCCGCAGGCAAGCCAUUGGUUGCAAAUGGUGCACCGGCUAGUAUCCUUUGUUCUUUCCCCAACCCAAACCAGACAAACCAUGGCUUUUUGUUCAUGACCGAGUUCUUUGUUGAUGCGUUCCUCGCCUUCGUCAUUUGGGCCGCCAUCGACCCGACCAACCCCUUCAUCUCGCCAGCAAGCGCCCCAUUCGUUAUUGGCUGUGCCUAUGCAACCAUGGUAUGGGGCUUUGCAGACGUUACUAUUAGCACGAACAUGGCUCGUGACUUGGGAACGCGCAUAGUUGCCGCGAUUUUCUUUGGGAAAGAGGCGUUUACGUACAUGACUUACUCACCAAUCAGUAUCCUGGUCAGCAUUCCUGCGACUCUUGUUGCGACUGGGUACUAUGAGUUUUUGAUGCGCGACAGCUUACUCAGGAUUCACAAGGGCCAUGCCGAGUUUGAAUCUGGUAACGAAGGGCUUAUGCGUCAUCUGAGUAGGACAACAGGGGCGCCUGUGGAUGACAGCGAUGCUUCGAAGCAUCUGGAGCACAACGGCAAGCAUUGA